AUGCAGAUGAUCGCUCGCAAUGCACUGCGACAGAGUGCUUUAGCAAGCAGACAGCCUGUUCUGCGGAUGUCAGCUCGAUCGGUGCACAUUGAAAACACCGUGAACAACAACAUGCCAUUCAGCUAUACCAACAAGCCGGCCUUUGCGACAAAGGUGGCCGUCUUCUUCGUCUCGGGCUUCUCGAUUCCAUUUAUCGCUGCUGCGUGGCAACUACACAAGAGCGCUGCAUAG